AUGGCAUCAAGAACUUCCACCCUCAAAUUCUUCUCACUACUAAUUUCUUCCUUUGCCAUCGUUCAAAUGGCAAUGGCCGGAGACCCGGACAUUAUUUCUGACUUCCUACUGCCUGCAAAUGGAACAGUAGAUGCAAACUUCUUCACUUACACCGGCUUUCGUGUUCUUGUUGGAAGCGAUCCUCCAACUGCCUUCAAGGUAUUGAAGGCAACCUUGGCUGAGUUCCCUGCUCUUGAUGGGCAGAGUGUUUCAUAUGCCGUCCUCGAAUUCCCAUCCGGCACUACUAACCCACCACACACUCAUCCUCGUUCCGCUGAGCUCCUUUUCCUCAUUGAUGGUACCCUUGAAGUCGGUUUCAUUGACACAAAAAACAACCUUUUUACACAAACUCUUCAAGCAGGUGAUUUGUUUGUGUUUCCCAAGGGACUUGUGCACUUCCAGUACAAUGCUGAUUCACAAAACCCAGCUCUAGCAGUUUCUGCCUUUGGAAGUGCAAAUGCAGGCACUGUAUCACUCCCCAACACUCUCUUCACCACCGGCAUCGACGAAAAUGUCUUGGCUAACUCCUUCAAGACUGAUGUAGCCACCAUUCAAAAGCUCAAGGCCGGUCUUGCUCCCAAGCCAUGA